CGGCGGCGGAGGCGGCGCUGCUCGGUGCUGCGGCUUCAGCUGAUAAUUGAAGGGAAGAGAGGAGGCUGCUCUUGGGAGGAGGGGAGAUACGGAGCGUCUGCGGAGGCCGCAUCGGGACAAACUAGUGAAUGAUAGUGUCUAGAAAGGGUAUGUCCCUUCAGGAGAGAGGUGCCAAUGUCCAACCGGCCUAAUAACAAUCCAGGGGGGUCACUGCGACGUUCACAGAGGAACACUGCUGGGGCCCAGCCACAAGACGACGCAGUAGGAGGAAGGUCACAUUUAGGGCAGGCAAAACAUAAGGCACAUAGCCCUCCUGAGAGUAGAAAAUCUAUUUCAAAGACACCCAAAGUGCAGUCUAAUACUACUUCUGAGCAGUCCAAGGGACACUUUUCUAAAAGAGCCUGUAGUUCGUCUGCUGUUUCAAUACCAGAACAAGAAGAUCCAGAGAGAGUCAGUACUUCAGAGAAGCAAAAAACGGGGCAAGUGCCUAAGAAAGACAAUUCCCGAGGAGUUAAACGCAGUGCUAGUCCAGAUUACAGGAGGACCAAUUCUCCUAGCUCUGCUAAAAAACCCAAAGCACUUCAACACACUGAAACUUCCUUGGAAACUAACAAGCCACAUACUAAAUCUAAAAGAAGACACUUAGACCAAGAACAGCCGAAGUCUACACAGUUGCCAUCAACAAGCAAGGCUCACACCAGAAAGGGUGGAGCUGCUGGUAGCUCCCGAAGUCAGAAAAGGAAAAGGACAGAGAAUCUGUCUUGUAUAAAGAGUAGUUCAGUAGUUGAAUCAACUGGCACUGAAGAGAAGUCAGCAAAACUCUCCAAGCUGGCUUCAAAAUCGGUGACCUCAGCCAAAGCUGGGUGUAGCACCAUCACUGAUUCUUCUUCUUCAGCUUCCACAUCUUCCUCAUCUUCUGCUGUUGCCUCUGCUUCUUCUGCUGUUGCCUCUGCUUCUUCUGCUGUUCCUCAGGGUGCCAGAGUGAAACAGGGAAAGGACCAGAAUAAGGCUAGACGUUCCCGUUCUGCAUCCAGCCCCAGUCCAAGGAGGAGUAGCAGGGACAAAGAAACAAGUAAAACAGGUGGCUCUUCGAAGUUUGACUGGGCUGCUCGAUUCAGCCCAAAAGUCAGUCUCCCUAAAACAAAACUGUCUCUGCCAGGCUCCUCCAAAUCGGAGACAUCAAAACCUGGACCUUCAGGAUUACAGGCUAAGCUAGCAAGUCUAAGAAAAUCAACAAAGAAGCGCAGUGAAUCACCUCCUGCUGAGCUCCCCAGUUUGCGGCGGAGCACACGGCAAAAGACCACGGGCUCCUGUGCUAGCACCAGUCGGCGAGGCUCUGGCCUGGGCAAAAGAGGAGCAGCUGAAGCUCGCCGACAGGAGAAGAUGGCUGAUCCUGACAACAACCAGGAUGGAGUUAACUCCUCAGCUGCACGUACAGAUGAGGCUCCCCAAGGAGCUGCAGCUUCUAGUUCUGUUGCUGGGGCUGUAGGUAUGACAACCUCUGGAGAAAGUGAGUCAGAUGACUCUGAGAUGGGAAGACUACAAGCUCUAUUAGAGGCUAGGGGUCUUCCUCCUCACCUGUUUGGCCCUCUUGGUCCUCGGAUGUCGCAGCUCUUCCACAGGACAAUUGGAAGUGGAGCUAGUUCUAAAGCCCAACAGCUGUUACAAGGUCUCCAAGCCACUGAUGAAAGUCAGCAACUGCAGGCAGUGAUAGAGAUGUGCCAGCUGUUGGUUAUGGGAAAUGAAGAAACAUUAGGAGGAUUUCCAGUCAAGAGUGUUGUACCAGCUUUGAUAACGUUGCUGCAGAUGGAGCACAACUUUGACAUUAUGAACCAUGCGUGUCGAGCUUUAACAUAUAUGAUGGAAGCACUUCCCAGAUCAUCUGCUGUAGUGGUAGAUGCAAUUCCUGUCUUCUUGGAAAAGCUGCAAGUUAUUCAGUGCAUUGAUGUGGCAGAGCAGGCGCUUACAGCCCUGGAAAUGUUAUCACGCAGGCAUAGUAAAGCCAUUCUGCAAGCGGGUGGGUUGGCAGACUGCUUGCUGUAUCUGGAAUUCUUCAGUAUAAAUGCACAGAGGAAUGCGCUAGCUAUUGCGGCCAACUGUUGCCAGAGUAUAACACCUGAUGAGUUUCACUUUGUGGCAGACUCUUUGCCACUGCUUACACAAAGGUUGACCCAUCAGGACAAAAAGUCUGUUGAAAGCACUUGUCUCUGUUUUGCACGGCUAGUAGACAACUUCCAGCAUGAGGAGAACUUGCUUCAGCAGGUCGCUUCUAAGGACUUGUUAACAAAUAUCCAGCAACUUUUGGUAGUGACGCCUCCUAUCCUGAGCUCAGGAAUGUUCAUCAUGGUGGUGCGCAUGUUUUCCUUAAUGUGCUCCAAUUGCCCUACUCUUGCAGUCCAACUAAUGAAGCAAAACAUUGCAGAAACACUUCAUUUCCUCCUUUGUGGAGCCUCAAAUGGGAGUUGUCAGGAACAAAUUGACCUCGUUCCACGGAGUCCUCAAGAACUUUAUGAGCUUACUUCUCUUAUCUGUGAACUGAUGCCUUGCCUGCCAAAAGAAGGAAUCUUUGCUGUUGAUACUAUGCUGAAGAAAGGAAAUGCACAAAACACGGAUGGUGCAAUAUGGCAGUGGCGAGAUGACAGGGGUCUUUGGCAUCCCUAUAACAGGAUUGACAGUCGAAUAAUAGAGGCAGCUCAUCAGGUUGGUGAGGAUGAGAUCAGCCUGUCUACGCUUGGGCGUGUCUAUACUAUAGACUUUAACUCUAUGCAGCAAAUCAAUGAGGAUACUGGAACAGCACGUGCCAUUCAGCGAAAACCAAACCCUCUAGCCAAUACAAAUACUAGUGGACAUUCAGAAUUGAAGAAGGAUGAUGCUCGAGCACAACUAAUGAAAGAGGACCCAGAACUGGCAAAAUCAUUUAUCAAAACAUUGUUUGGUGUUCUUUAUGAAGUAUAUAGUUCUUCAGCUGGACCUGCAGUUAGACACAAGUGCCUUAGAGCAAUUCUUAGGAUAAUUUAUUUUGCUGAUGCUGAACUUCUGAAAGAUGUACUGAAAAACCAUGCUGUUUCAAGUCAUAUUGCUUCCAUGCUGUCGAGUCAAGACCUUAAGAUAGUAGUUGGAGCCCUGCAAAUGGCAGAGAUUUUAAUGCAAAAAUUGCCUGACAUUUUUAGUGUUUACUUCAGAAGAGAAGGGGUGAUGCACCAAGUGAAGAACUUAGCAGAGUCUGAGGCUUUGCUGACGAGCCCACCAAAAGUAUGCACUAAUGGAUCAGGAAUGCUUGGUACCACUACAACUAUAAGUACUGGGACUGCCACUGCUGCUGGCAACGCAGCUGCGGAUUUGGGCUCUCCCAGCUUGCAGCACAGCCGGGAGGAUUCUUUGGAUCUGAGCCCACAGGGACGACUGAGUGAUGUUCUAAAGAGAAAAAGACUGCCAAAACGAGGGCCAAGGAGACCAAAGUACUCUCCUCCAAGAGAUGAUGACAAAGUAGACAAUCAAGCUAAAAGCCCUACAGCUACUCAGUCUCCUAAAUCUUCUUUCUUGGCAAGUUUAAAUCCUAAAACAUGGGGAAGAUUAAGCACACAGUCCAACAGUAAUAACAUUGAACCAGCACGAACUGCAGGAGUAAGUGGUCUUGCAAGGGCUGCUUCCAAGGAUACCAUUUCCAAUAACAGAGAAAAAAUUAAGGGCUGGAUUAAGGAGCAAGCCCAUAAAUUUGUAGAACGUUAUUUUAGUUCUGAAAACAUGGAUGGAAGCAAUCCAGCACUAAAUGUAUUACAGAGACUUUGCACUGCAACUGAACAACUCAACCUCCAGGUGGAUGGUGGAACAGAGUGCCUUGUAGAAAUCCGCAGCAUUGUCUCGGAGUCUGACGUCUCGUCAUUUGAAAUCCAGCAUAGUGGGUUUGUUAAACAACUGCUACUUUACUUGACAUCUAAAAGUGAGAAAGAUGCUGUAAGCAGGGAUAUCAGAUUGAAGAGAUUUCUUCAUGUAUUUUUUUCUUCUCCACUUCCUGGAGAAGAACCACUUGGAAGAUUAGAGCCAUUAGAAAAUGCACCUUUGUUGGCAUUAGUCCAUAAAAUGAACAAUUGCCUCAGUCAAAUGGAACAGUUUCCUGUCAAAGUGCAUGACUUCCCUAGUGGAAAUGGAACAGGGAGCAGAGGAUCCCAAGCAUUAAAAUUCUUCAAUACACAUCAGUUGAAAUGCCAGCUGCAAAGACAUCCAGACUGCGCUAAUGUGAAGCAGUGGAAAGGUGGUCCUGUGAAGAUUGAUCCUCUGGCUUUGGUACAAGCCAUUGAAAGAUACCUUGUAGUUAGAGGCUAUGGAAGAGUUAGAGAAGAUGAUGAAGAUAGUGAUGAUGAUGGGUCAGAUGAAGAAAUAGAUGAAUCUUUGGCUGCUCAAUUCUUAAAUUCAGGGAAUGUGAGACAUAGACUACAAUUUUACAUUGGAGAUCACUUGCUGCCAUACAAUAUGACUGUGUAUCAAGCAGUUAGGCAGUACAGUUUGCAAGCUGAGGAGGAGAGGGAAUCUACAGAUGAUGAAAGCAACCCACUAGGAAGAGCUGGGAUUUGGACAAAAACACAUACCAUUUGGUACAAACCUGUGAGAGAGGAUGAAGAUGGCAAUAAGGACUGUGUUGGUGGUAAAAGAGGAAGAGCACAAACUGCUCCUACAAAAACAUCUCCUAGAAAUUCUAAAAAGCAUGAUGAAUUGUGGCAUGAUGGUGUAUGCCCUUCGGUGUUAAAUCCUCUAGAAGUUUACCUCAUCUCUACUCCACCUGAAAACAUAACAUUUGAAGAUCCUUCAUUAGAUGUUAUUCUUCUUCUGAGGGUUUUACAUGCUAUCAGUCGAUACUGGUAUUACUUGUAUGAUAAUGCAAUCUGCAAGGAGAUAAUUCCAACCUCGGAAUUUAUCAACAGUAAAUUGACAGCGAAAGCAAACAGGCAGCUUCAGGAUCCUUUGGUGAUUAUGACAGGAAACAUACCAACUUGGUUGACAGAACUUGGAAAAACAUGCCCAUUUUUCUUUCCGUUUGAUACCCGUCAAAUGCUGUUUUAUGUAACUGCUUUUGAUCGUGAUCGAGCCAUGCAAAGACUACUGGAUACUAAUCCAGAAAUCAAUCAGUCAGAUUCUCAGGAUAGCAGAGUGGCACCACGACUGGACAGGAAAAAACGCACUGUGAACAGAGAUGAGCUGUUGAAACAGGCAGAAUCUGUGAUGCAGGAUCUAGGCAGUUCAAGAGCCAUGUUGGAAAUCCAGUAUGAGAAUGAAGUUGGCACAGGCCUAGGCCCCACACUAGAGUUCUAUGCACUUGUAUCUCAGGAACUACAGAGAGCAGACUUAGGCCUUUGGAGAGGAGAAGAAGUGACUUUAGCCAAUCCAAAAGGAAGCCAGGAAGGUACCAAGUACAUCCAUAACCUUCAAGGCCUUUUUGCACUUCCUUUUGGUAGAACAGCCAAGCCAGCUCACAUUGCAAAAGUUAAAAUGAAGUUCCGCUUUCUGGGGAAACUAAUGGCCAAGGCAAUCAUGGAUUUUAGACUGGUGGACCUUCCUCUUGGGCUUCCUUUUUAUAAAUGGAUGCUACGACAGGAAACUUCCUUGACAUCACAUGACUUGUUCAGUAUUGAUCCAGUAGUAGCCAAAUCAAUAUAUCACCUUGAAGAUAUUGUAAGACAAAAGAAAAGACUUGAACAGGACAAAACACAGACCAAAGAAAGUCUACAGUAUGCAUUGGAGGCUCUGACUAUGAAUGGCUGCUCAGUGGAAGAUCUAGGGCUGGACUUCACACUGCCUGGUUUUCCUAAUAUAGAACUGAAAAAAGGGGGAAAAGAUACACCAGUCACCAUCCACAACUUAGAGGAGUACCUCAGAUUGGUUAUUUUCUGGGCACUGAAUGAAGGUGUUGCCAGACAGUUUGACUCAUUCAGAGAUGGAUUUGAAUCAGUGUUCCCCCUCAGUCAUCUUCAGUACUUCUAUCCUGAGGAGUUGGAGCAGCUCUUGUGUGGCAGUAAAACAGACACUUGGGAUGCAAAGACUUUAAUGGAGUGUUGCAGGCCAGAUCACGGUUAUACACAUGACAGUCGAGCGGUGAAGUAUCUGUUUGAGAUCCUCAGUAGCUUUGAUAGUGAGCAGCAAAGACUGUUUCUUCAGUUUGUGACAGGUAGCCCCAGACUGCCUGUAGGAGGCUUUCGAAGUUUGAAUCCUCCGCUGACAAUUGUACGCAAGACAUUUGAGUCUACAGAGAACCCAGACGAUUUCUUACCCUCAGUCAUGACUUGUGUGAACUAUCUCAAACUGCCGGACUAUUCAACUAUUGAGAUAAUGCGUGAAAAACUCUUGAUAGCUGCAAGAGAAGGGCAGCAGUCAUUCCAUCUUUCCUGAUCACAAUGAAAAAUGCAAUGUCUGCCUGUUACAGCAAAAGAGAAACUCAUGAUUCUUUUCUAAAUAUAUCACCUGAGUCAAGGAAACGUGUUACGCCUUCUUGUUGUAGAAAAAUGGCUUGCAGAUUAUAAACAAAGACACUUGGUUGAUAUUCAUUAAAGGCCCUUAUGGACUUAAAGUGAUCAGGCCCUAAAAGUUGUUGUGACAAGGUUUCUUUAGCAAGUUCUUGUUUAAAUUAUCAUUUAUUUGAUGAGUGAAGUUUUUAACUUGCUUUGCUGUGUGAAAUUUAAAAAGGGAUGUUUUUCCAGGCUGGAACAAUAAAUGUCGCUGUGCAGUUUAAUACUGGGCUGUGUGUAUCCAUCUAGCUAAGUCUGAAGUUUUUCCUCCAAAGACAACUUUUGUACAUAAGUACAGAAAUUAAAAUACACCAUGUAUUUGACAAACCUAGUUUAGUAGACUAGUUCUGUGUACUCUCACCUGCCUCUAAUUUUACCCAUCCUCAUGUAUUGUCUGAUGUGCAAUUCACUUGGUUCUUUUUGUGUGCAACAUUCAACAAUUGUUAUGUUUUGGUUAGCAUGGGCAUUUAACUGCUUCAUGCCUCUUUAUCUGAUUAAGAUAAUUUAAAUUUUACUGAAAUAAAAUAUAUAUUGUCAAUAUAAUUCAGCCUUUGUAACUAGAUAGAACCUUUCUUAUAGCAUAGUUUUACUGUAGUGAUAGGAUAUAAUGGCGACAGUCUACCAGUUGACGCUCUAGAGCUGUUUACACAGUGAUUCAGGCAGCAAAAAGCCUCUUGCUAGAGGCUAGGAAGAAUUCUUUCUUUCAUGUAGUUAAAUCCAACAGCUUGGGCUGGCCAUUGUGUAUUGUGGUAAGGCCAGAGCAUUUUGAAUCGAUGUAAAGUUUUUUAAAAGACAAAUUAGUUGUUUCAUUCCCUGUUUAAGUAAACAGUUCCUGGUUACUUUUGUAGUUUUUCUCUUCUUCCCUCCCUGCCCUUAGUGCUAGCUUUCAACAAAAAACAGUUCACCCUUUGUCUUUUGACACGGAUAAAAGCACCUGUAAGCAAUGCUCUGUCCAACUGUUUCAUGUGCUGAUUUCUCAAAUCUGCAAUAAUUUACUUCAUCAGGUUAAUGUUUUUACCUGAAUAUAAAUAAAAAACUUUGUUUCACCUUUUUGUUCAUAGUUUUGUACUGUAUGCAUAAAGUUCAAUUGUGUAAAUCUGUAAUGCAAGUAAAUCAUCCUGUACCUACUUGGCUAACAGCCUGCAACUUGUGGAUGAUUUACUACCAAAACAAGACCUUUAAAGACCUCCAUCUCAGAGGGAAAUUUUUUUUUGUCCUUUCUAUGGGUUCAAAAACCAGGCAAUUACAGAUACUCCUGAGAUGUUCCUGAUAUAUAGUUCAUCUCUAUGAAAAUGCGAUAGUUCAUUAUUUUUAUUCAACUUUGAGAAAUCAAAAUUCAUUUCAGUGCUUAGAAAUUGUUACAUUCUGGCUAAUCAGGCUAGUAUUUCCCCUCAACUAACAAGUUUUCUUUUAUCCAGCAGAAGAAUUUGUACUUCCAGAAUAUGUAAUGGACAUUCUUCCAGUGAACAUUCACAGAAUUACAUGUGGUUGCUCAUACCAGUGCCACUGGAAUGUAAUGCAAAUCUGUCAUGAGCAUGAGUAGAAUGUGAAAUCCUUGCACAAAGAACUUGGUAACAGAACAGUUUCUACUACGGUAUUAGAACUGAAAGAAGAUGCUUCACAUUGUACAUACAAUAAUGGUAGUGCACAGUGCGGCAUAGUUUUCAUAAAACUUCGAGGCAGUAUUUAAACUAUGGACUGGCGUUUAAAUUGUUCUGAUAACUUGAUCAAACAGCACAAAAAAAGUGUUUAUAGUGUGUGGAUAGCAAUUUGUUCAUUUUUUAAGGUUCUAUAUUUUCAAAAAACUGACUUGUAAAAAAAAAAAAAAGCUAAUAUUUUGUAUUAAAAUAACGUGUAUUGAUAUUUUUUUUUUACCCAUGUUGUCUCCCUCUAGAAUCUGGCUUUCGGCUUUGAAAUUUUGAGGAGCUUUCAAAUUUGAUAUUGCAGCUAUUAUGUAACUGUUUCAGUGGGGAAAAUCAGUUGUUGGUUGCCUUUUUUAAAAACGAGGGGAUGAAAAUGAGUACCUGUGGUGACAAUUUUUAUUGUACUGGCUGUUUAUCUUCAGCACAGGUGAAGGAUGUAGGUGGCCUGAAAAAUGAGCUUUUUGGG